GCUGAAGCUUCAUUCACCUUCCCCGGACCGUUCACUAGUCGGCUGCCUUGGCAGUGGCCCGUGCUCAACGCGCGGACCUAAUCCUCUCUUCACAGCCUGGUUGUGGAGUGCUUUGACAGGUUGGCCGCUUCGCGACCAACCUUUACAUGAUCUUUCGCGAGGAUUUGAGUCUCCCCUGCGUGAACAGAUUUACAGACUCUUUUUAUAGGGGCCUGCUGUCGGAUGGGCCUACCACCGGCAAGCACCUUGGAAGGCAAUGAGCCUACCUCCAGUGCCGCGGGCGCUGCGGUGGAGCCUGAUGGGAAUGAAUGGCAACGUGACUGCCCAACGAGCUUCGACUUCCAGGGGAUGCAAGUGAAUCUAUUUCAAAAGGAAGAUGAUUCUCCAGCGGUUCAGACGGCCAGCUCCAAGGGGGUGGAGCCACGGACCAUCAAACGAAGCUCCUUGCGGUGGUCGGAUUUGGAGGAUGAUGAAGACUCGGAUGCCUGGCCGAAACUUCCGGUGAACAACCACAUGCUCGGUCAGAAUGGUGAGAUCCUUUGGGCCUGGGAUGUCGCCAGCGCCACGAACUCGGACGUCCCCGAAGAGGAGAUCCGCUUGGAGCGCCGGAACGGUGGCUAUCCCAUGUCCGAGCCGCCCCGCACGCGGCACCCGACCCGCGUGCAGCGGCAGCUGCGCCGGGAAGGGAAGCCCUGGAACGAGCGGCAGAGCCGACCUAUGCGGCACCACACCAAGAAGGAUGUACAACUACCACCCAGACCCUGCCAUCAAAAUGAACCACCACCGGUGGAAGAGCAGGAGGUGAAAGAGUUGAAGCACGAAAUCCGCACCAGGCAUCUACAGGCGGUGGAGCGGGAUCACUUGCCCACCCGGUUCCACCGCGAGGACCAGCGGCAAGCGCUGAGUAAGGAAAUGCAAGAGGGUGCACAGCAGAUGUACGAAGGAUGGGGCAACAAGAAGCGAAUGUCCACAGUGCUGGCUGCCAUGGAAGAGCUUCCCAAGAGAGUAGGUGAAGACAUGCACAAGCUAGCAAGUCACGUGGUCGACAGUGUCCAAAGCGAGAUCAACGAGGUCUCCACGGUGAUCCGUGGCGAAAGCGCGCAGAGCUCGGAGACGACCAAGGCUAUGAAGCACCUGGAAGUGAUCCCGACGAUGGUGUUGAACCUCUUGGAGUCACGGAUGGAGAAAGCGAAAGCGCAGGUGCGCGAGAAGGUGGGUGGCAUGAUCCAGCAGCUGAGUGCCAUCCAUGAAGAAGACCAUGAAGGUGGUGAAGAGUUGGCCGAACAGAUGCAGGACAUGUCCAGCGAGGUGGCCAAGAUCGCUGGCGAUGCCGUGGAGGCGGCCGCCCAGGAGUGCCGUGCCCAUGCGACGCAGCAACUGGACAUCGCACUGGCCUCCCUGCGUGAGCCGCGAGAGGAGGAUGAUGAGCAGGAGGAGGAGGAGGCGGCGCUCAAGUGGAAGAAGGUCUGCAAGAUCCGCAACGCUGUGGAGGACGACUUGCUACUCCAGAAGAAUGUGGAGACUAUCUUCCCUGCGGCCACACACAACGCCAUGGACACUGCUUUGGCAGUGAUCAAGGACAAAGACUUCAUGCCUCACAGCGUGACCAACGAGGUGGUCGCCGACCAGCUGCUUCGCGCCAAGGUCCGCGGCCGCGGAGAUGUGCGGGCGCCGUCCUCGGUGAACAGCGGCGGCGUCAUGGUCCCAGAGAGGGCGCCUUGUGCAGCACAGCCGACCAACCCAGGUAGCUUUGGGCAUCCUGACCUGUGCCCCAGACCUUGCAUCUACUUCCGUACGGGCACGUGCACGUCUGGUGUGGAUUGCACCUUCUGCCACAUGCCGCACUCCAAGCGGCCUCUACGGCUGGACAAGCGGCAUCGAGAGGCGCUGAAGCGAAUGCCUUUCCGGAAGUUGCUGAAGGUGGUGGUGCCGAUCUUGGCUUCGAAGGUCUCCUUGUUGACGGAGGAACGCUUGGCCUCGCUCUGCGAGGUCCCGGUGGAAACCGAAGUCGCCCAGGAGCUUUCGCCCAUUUUGACGGAAGCCGACAUGGAUCGAGUGAACAUGAAGGAGAUCAAGACAGAUGUCCUGCAGAUUCUCGAGCAGCUUGCUCACAAUGCGGGGCUGCCACAGUCCUUCCCCGACGGCAGUGCCAACUCGUCGCUGUGGUCCGGGCGCGGCGACCUACGGCGGGCGAGCCGCACCAGCGGCGUCAGCACCGCCAGCACCGGAUCCAGCAGCUCAGAACCAGACAGCGGCCGUGACAAGAAGGUUUGGCUGAAGGCGUUGCAAGUGAUGAACCUGAGAUCGCUCUUGGUCAUGAUCCGGAAGUUAGCGCGAGACACCGGAAGCACAGAGGACCUGCAGUUCCUCGAGGACAUCAUUGCCAGGAUCCAAAGCGCUUUUGGCAAUUCGGCUCCGGAGUUUGAAGAGGAUGAGCCAGAUCGCUUUGAGACCCCUGCAGUGAAGGAAGACGAGCCCUUGGACUUCCCCGUCAAUUCGUCAUAUGCGGCGAAUACAAAUCCAGCUCAGACGAAGCCGCCAGUCGUACAGCUACGCUUAUCACAGCUGGUGUCCUGACGCCGUGUUCGGUCGGUGUCGGGGUCUACCGGUCCAUCCGGUGUCGCGCCUUUCGGUUCUCGCGUACUCCGACCCUUUGAACAUGUUGGAAC